AUGGCCCCAACCAAUAACAAGGAUCUCAAAAACAUAGUAAUGUCAUUAAAAAAUACAAAAUCAGCAGGCCGUGAUGGAUUGUCUAUCAGUACACUGAAAAGAUGCAUAGACAACAUAUCUGAUGCCAUGGCCACAGCAGUAAAUGAUGUAAUUGCAUCAGGUUGUUUCCCAGAUAGUCUAAAGACAGCACAAGUAACCCCAAUUUACAAGAAACAUGAUAAAUCUAAAAUUGAAAACUACUGCCCCAUCUCAAUCUUACCUGCAUUUUCUAAGGUAGUUGAGAAAGUUAUUUAUACUAGACUAAUGACAUUCCUGAGUCAAAACAAUUUAAUAUUUGAAAAUCAGAAUGGCUUUAUGAAAAACAAGCCUACAUCAGUAGCAGAAGCCCAAUUAAUAGACAAAAUAACAACAGCCAUAGAGAACAAGGAGUAUGUAACUGGAGUUCCUUGA